AUGCGUAAAGGCCAUCUUCAUUUUUCUCUUCUCUCAAUUAUCGGAACUUUCGGUCCUGAGUUUUUGCAUCGUGGGCUAAUCAUCACGCGAUCCAGCCGUUGCGUUUGCUCCAUCUUGGAAACACAUCCGUCCACAUCUUCCAUCUUCCAUAUCUUGGAGCUGCUACAGCGGCAUUCACGGUUCAAAAUUUUGUUGUACUGGCCUGCCUGCAGUUAG